CCAAAAAAGUUGAUGCAUUCGAUACUUUUGACGAGGGUAUCAAAGCAGCAAAAGCAUACAAGGAGUGGAAUGAGCAAUCUGCUUAUGAUAUAGUAUUCAUCAGACUUUACGAAAAUAACGAAGAAGAGACCAUGAAAGUAAUAUUAGAAUUGAGAGAAAUGAAUGGUAAUAAUGAUUUAGUGAUAAUCUUUAUAGUAUUCUCAGGUAAUGAAGGAGUCGAGUUGGCAAAAAAAGUAAUUAAAAAUAUUGGAGGAAUAACUUUCGUUAUUCAUGCUCCAGUUACAUGGAAAAAGUUAAUUAAUCAAUUUAUGCAUAUGUUAAAAAAUGAUUCUACUGAUAAAAAUUCAA